AUGUGUCACCGAGCACCGGCAUUAUUGCUAAUUUUGACAGCCGGAGCUGAAAUUAAUCAUGCUACAGACUUCAGUAUUAAGGUUGAAGCGCCAGAACUGGCAACUGAAAUGAGCAUAAGAAUUAGAGAGAUGGUGUACCACAAGGUUAAGCUGAAUAAAAUACUAUCAAGAAUCACGAGGAAGCCUGAACAACAGAUUGAAGGUGAUACUGACCGUGACAAUUUCAUGAAUGCUUGGGAGGCAAAGGAAUAUGGGUUGGUGGAUGAAGUGAUUGAUGAUGGCAAGCCGGGAUUAAUUGCACCCAUUGCAGAAGCAACAGCUCCACCAAAAACCCGGGUGUGGGAUCUGUGGAAAGUUGAGGGAAGCAAGAAAGCCAAGAAGAAUUUGCCAUCAGAAGAGAAGAUUUUACAAAAUGGAUACACGGGUAGUCAAGGAAAUGAUGAUGAGAGGGGCAGAGAACAAAAAGAGGAAGAACCCACACCAGUAUGA